UUGGUGAGUUGCACAUGAUCAACCAUGCUUGCGGGAGAAGGCUGUCUGUUGGGUGUUGCUAUGGUUACGAAAAGCCAGUGGAACCCAAUGAGCUGUCUGCAGGACCAGCCAUUUUACUUAUGGAAAACAGCGUGACAUUAUGCUGAGCUUUAUCCUGAAAGGCUAAUUUUUUUUUUUUUUUUUUUAAAGAAAACAAAAACGGAAAGAAACUAUUUGGAAAGAGAGAGGGAGAUGGGUAUCUUAAAGGAUAAUUACUGUAGCUAGGAAAUUCCUCACAACUUCCAUUGGAACAGGCUGCUGCUUAGCUGUCCCCAGGAGCUGAUCUGAGGGGGUGGAAUGCAGUGUGAUAGUGCCCGGACUGCCUCUCUGCUAUCAGCCAGUGGGAAAGGUUUUUGUCUCCUGGCGGGGCUAGGUUUCUCUGCAAUGUUAUCUGCACAGCUCACUAGCUGCUCGUCCUGAAAACCAGUGACCCCAAAGGGAGGGUGUCACCCUGUUCUCCUAAGAUCUUCUGCUAGGCUCUCUGAAGAAGCAGGUGUAUGUAUUUGUGGUUCAGAACACAGCGACUCUCAGCAUUUCUCGCUCCCUUCUAAGAGAUCCUUGAGAGGGCUCUGGAAGCAUCGGCAGGUGGGGAGACCUGCCUCUUCUUCCAAAGGGACUGUUUGUGGACGCCAGCACUUGUUUGCCCAAGACUCUUGGAUUGGACAAAGCUUUAAACCUUUGGAGUUCAAGACCUUCUGAAAGGGCUAAACAAACAGUUUCUUCAUGUGAGAAGGCACUAGCUCCUACUUCCUCUGCAUUAGAGCAACUAUCAAAAAAAUUCAGCUGCCUGAGCCACAAUAGGACAGAACCAUAUACCAUUUUGAUCUGGGUGCAUUUCUUCAGAAGGAAGACUGAAGAUCUUAAUAGCAAACCCUCCAAGGUCAAAAUGAAUACAGAUAGCGGUGGGUGUGCUCGCAAACGUGCUGCCAUGUCUGUCACAUUAACAGCUGUGAAGAGAGUUCAGAGUUCUCCAAACCUAUUGACUGCAGGACAUGAUUCUCAGUCUCCAGAUUCAGCUUGGAGAUCUUAUGAUGAGCGAACUCGAGAGACACUGAAUGGAGAUGCUACUUAUUCAUCUCUUGCAGCAAAAGGCUUUAGGAGUGUUCGUCCAAAUUUACAAGACAAAAAAUCACCAAUUCAGGUGCCCCUACCACCUCCUAGAAAAGAGAGUUUUAUUAGCCCUUCAGUAACUGAUCAUAAAGAGGAUAGUGUUUUGAACCCAUCAAUAACCAAGAAGCAAAUCCCCUCAAAUACAGUUUACUUUACUAACGGAGACACUUUCCAGAAGGCUAUGUGUUCUAACAAAGAAAAUAGUCAUACCAUUAUGUAUUCUGAGGAAUCUAACACAACUGUAACCUAUACACAAAAAAUCACUAAUUCACUGAGCCCAGUUUCCAACUCAGGCUCCCAACAACCAGCAGCUGACAACAGCACUCUACUCCAACAGGACUAUACACAAGAUACUCAGCUACGGAGAAUUUCUACCCUGAAAUUAACCCCUAACCAAGAUCAAUCAAAUAGCAUUCCUCUGUGGCCUCAGCCUGUUGAAGCACUGGGAUUUUCCCAAAGGCCUUUCUCACCCACUCAUAACCAUGCGCCUGAGGUACACACAGCAUCUCUUUCCAUUCAGAUAGCUCCCCUCCAUGACCAUAAAGCAGGACAGGAGUUGGAAAGCCACAAAGGAGGACCUGAGCUUUUUCCAGAUACUUUCAAGGAGCCUCGUCAGGAACUGGGACCUAUUUCUUCAUUUGCUGCUUCUGAACAGCCCCCAGGGAGCCAUGUGCUUGAAAAAAAGAAAGUAGCUGCCAAUAUGAUGGAGGCAAAUGCUCCCCAGAUCCACAGGCAAACAGCAGCAGCAGAAGCCUAUCCACUGCAUCCAUUCUCCGUGGUACCAGCUCAGAUAACAGUGAAUGGGCGCUCUGGAGGGGCUACCAGUCCAAUGAGUUACUUUCAGAGGCCAUUUUCCCCAUCAGCUUACUCUCUACCAGCAUCACUCAAUUCAAGCGUUAUCAUGCAGCAUGGAAGGACAAUUGACUCCACAGACACAUACUCCCAACAUGCCCAUUCUCUGGAUGGUAGCUCUGCCAGCAGUACAAUACCAAUUUAUAGAUCUUCAGAGGAAGAGAAGAAAGUGACAGUGAUUAAAGCCCCCCACUAUGCAGGCAUUGGACCAGUAGAUGAGUCUGGAAUCCCUACAGCAAUUAGAACGACAGUUGACAGACCAAAGGACUGGUACAAGACUAUGUUUAAGCAAAUUCAUAUGGUUCACAAACCUGAUGAUGAUGCAGAUAUGUAUCAUACUCCAUAUACAUAUAAUGCAGGCCUUCCUAGUGCUUCCUACAUGACUCAGUCCCACCCUGCUGCAAAGAUGCAGACAUAUAGACCUCUUUCCAAAAGUCUCUCUGACAAUGGCGCCGAUGCCUUUAAGGAUUCCUCUUCCCCUCUGCCUCCUCCACAUAUCCCACCUCCAGUUCCACCAUUUAGGCCCAGAGACAGGUCUUCCACAGAAAAGCAUGACUGGGAUCCACCAGACAGAAAAGUGGACACACGAAAAUUUCGUUCUGAACCAAGGAGUAUUUUUGAAUAUGAACCUGGGAAGUCAUCAAUUCUUCAACAUGAGAGACCGACUGAUCGCAUAAAUCCAGAUGACAUAGAUUUAGAAAAUGAACCCUGGUAUAAAUUCUUUUCAGAACUGGAGUUUGGACGCCCGCCCCCUAAAAAGGCUCUGGAUUAUGGUCAGGACCAUUCUUCUGGUGUUUCCAAAGAGGCCUCUUUGUAUCAGACCUCCUUAGACCGCAGCCUGGAAAGGCCUGCUAGUUCUGCAAGUAUAACUGGUGACUACAGAAAAAGGAGGAAGAGUGAGCCUGCAGUGGGUCAUCCCCGAAGUGUGGCUGAUCAGAAUGCAAACAGAACCAGCCCAACCCAAGCAGAUCUCCCAGGUCCAAGCACCACCCUUAUGAAAUCUUUCACUGGUUCUUCUCCUUCUUCCCCAUCAAGAGCAAAAGGUGGGGAUAUUAGCAAAGCAUGUCCAUCCCUUUACAAUUAUUCAGGGCACAACCACCACACCUCAAGUGAGUUAGAUUACUGCAGCACAUACAGGCAGCACUUGGAUGUGCCAAAUGAUUCAAAGCGCACCAUCAACUUCAAGAAUGGUUGGCAGAUGACACGGCAGAAUGCCGAGGUCUGGAGCAGCACAGAAGAAUCAGUUUCACCCAAAUUGAAAUCUCGCAGCUGUGAUGAUCUUCUCAAUGAGGACCAUGAUAGUUUCCCUGACCCACAGACCAAGUCAGAAAGUCUGGGCUCUCUGUUAUGUGAGGAGGACUCCAAAGACAGCUGCCCACUGACAUGGGUCUCCCCCUACAUCCCUGAGAACCUUACAAAUGGUAGGUCAAGAAUCCGGCAUAAGUCUGCACAUGAUGCCCCUGGGUUCUUGAAAAUGUACAAGAAAAUGCAUCGCAUUAACCGCAAAGAGUUGAUGAAGUCUGAGGUGAUUUGUUCUGUAAAGUCCAGGAUAUUACAGUAUGAGAAGGAACAACACAAGGGCAUGUUGCGUGGAUGGAGCCAGUCCUCAACUGAGGAAGUGCCCAGGGACAUGGUACCCACACGCAUUUCUGAGUUUGAGAAGCUAAUUCAAAAGUCAAAAUCCAUGCCAAAUCUAGGGGAUGAAAUGUUGUCUGCAGUCACCUUAGAAUUGCCUCAGAAUGGAUUGUGUCCAAAACGAAGGUUUUCCAUUGAGUCUUUAUUGGAGGAAGAAAAUCAAGGGAGACAUGUCAAUCAGGUUAACGCACGAAGCUAUAAGCCUAAAACCCUAGUGCCAAUUCACAUUGAAGUGACCAGUGAUGAACUACCACGUUCUCAUAUGGAGUUCUCAGACAGUGACCAAGAUGGAAUGGUCUCUGAUGUCAGUGACUUUGUUCAUGUAGAAGGCUCUUCCUUCUGCAGUGAGAGCGAUUUUGAUCAUUUCUCUUUUACAUCGUCAGAGAGUUUCUAUGGGUCCAACCAUCACCACCAUCACCACCAUCACCACCACCAUCACCACCGGCAUCUCAUCAGCUCCUGCAAGGGAAGAUGCCCUGCCUCUUACACGAGAUUUACCACCAUGUUGAAACAUGAAAGGGCUAAACAGGAGCAUGCUGAAGAUUCUAGGCGACAAGAAAUAGACUCUGGCCUUUCUAAGUUAGCCUUCCUAGUAAGCCCCGUGCCUUUCCGAAGGAAAAAAAGUGCUGCUCCCAAAAAACAGACAGAAAAGACAAAAUCUAAGUCAUCUGUAUUUGAUGCUCUGGACUCUGCCCUUAAGGAUAUAUGUGAUCAAAUUAAAGCUGAAAAGAGAAGGGGAAGUUUGCCCGACAAUAGCAUAUUACACAGACUUAUCAAUGAGCUGCUUCCAGACAUUCCCGAAAGGAAUUCAUCACUUAAGACUCUGAGAAAGAGCCCCAUGCAUCAGUCUUUGCCUCCCCUGUCCCAAGAUGGUGCUGCCCAUUAUCUACCCUACCAGAAUGAUUGUGGACGAUUACCUCCUAGUGCCUCUUUUCAAGAUAUGGAUACAACUAACAACAACCACCAGGACAAUGAUAGUGCCCUGUGUUUCCAAGAGCAAGAGUCUCCUAGAAGUUAUUCAUCAGCUUUCACUGACUUGGGUCGAAGUGCUCCCAGAGAAAGAAGAGGAACUCCAGAAAGAGAGAGGCUGCCAGCCAGAGCUGUUUAUGAUUUUAAGGCCCAAACAUCUAAGGAAUUGUCAUUCAAAAAAGGGGACACUGUCUAUAUCCUCAGGAAAAUUGAUCAAAAUUGGUAUGAGGGAGAGCACCAUGGACGAGUGGGGAUAUUUCCAAUCUCUUAUGUAGAGAAACUCAGUCCUCCAGAAAAAGCUCAACCUGCAAGACCACCACCCCCGGCUCAACUUGGAGAAAUUGGAGAAGCUAUAGCCAAGUACAAUUUUAAUGCAGAUACAAAUGUGGAGUUAUCCCUGAGAAAGGGAGAUAGAGUCAUUCUUCUUAAAAGAGUCGAUCAAAAUUGGUAUGAAGGUAAAAUACCAGGAACCAACAGACAAGGCAUCUUCCCUGUUUCCUAUGUAGAAGUCAUCAAAAAGAAUGUCACAAAAGGUGCUAAUGAUUAUCCUGACCCUCCAAUACCCCACAGCUAUUCUAGUGACAGGAUACACAGCUUAAGUUCAAAUAAGUUGGCUUACAGUGCAUCCUGCCUUCCUUUCAUGUCACCUUGCCCAUAUUCUAAUAAAGGGGCUAUAGAAGGAGUCACCAAUGAAUGGUUAUCACUGACUAUGGGGUUUCUACCUUCAAGCCCUCUGACCCCAACUCCACCUCCUUUUCCUGACAACUUCUUGGAUGAAUUAGAAAAGCUUGAGGCUUUAACCUUCCCAACUGGCCAAUCCGAUCCAGGAAUCCUAGGGAAUAACAGUGCUCAAGUUAAGGCUAACCCUUCCAUUACCAAGACAUGCGAUCCCACUGAAAUGCCAUCCUAUCUGCCACUUCUUUCUUCUUCUGGUGCCACCUCACCUCUAGCUUCUCAGUUCCAUGAUGCAGAGUUAAUUCAGGAUUAUACAAAACCAGCUGAAAAAAUUUGUGCAGAUUGGAAAGAGAUGAAAGGUUCUCCCACUAACAAAGAAAAAAGAAAUUUUUCAAAAAUUGGAAAGGUACCUGAAGUCCUGGGUGAUAAGGUUGCUACUUCAGUCCAGUAUAAUGUGGGUACCUUAUCCCAAACACUCCCUGUCAUUGAAGAAAAAGAAGAGGACUCUUGUGAUGAGUUAAUGUCAAUCAUCCAUGGAAGGAAGCCAAAAUUUCAAAAGUCAGAUUUCUGUCAGUAUGAAGCUGAUGUUACAGAGGAAGCACCAAGGCUAUACAUAGAAGAGGAAGAUGAGGAGAUGAAACAUGAUUGCUUAACAUCUCCAGUGACAAUUAUAAAUGAUCCUAGGAUAUCUAAGGAAGACUGGAGUACAGCCAGUACAAGUAAAGAGCCAGCAUCAUUUUCUCCAGAAGAUGAAGGGAUUAUUACAACUUCCCCUUGCUGCCUUUCCACUAGCCCUCCAUUUCAUUCUACCUUGGCACCUAAGUCUGACUCUCUCUCUACACUCCCUGGUUCUGUCCAGACCUAUUCACCUCCUCUCCUUACCAAAUUUUCCUACCGACAAGAGACAAUGUCACCCAAGUUAAAGGCUGAUUUAAAAAGAGAGAUAUUUGUAAUGGCUAAGCCUCCUCGUAGUCCAGUGAUGUCUAGGAGAUCCUGCAGCCCACCUGUCAGAGGUCACAGCAAUUCACACAGGCCACAGCGCCCUGGGUUUACUCAUGAAAACAUACAAAGUGGGGGGGAACCGUUUCAGGCUCUGUAUAACUAUACUCCUAGGAAUGAAGAUGAAUUGGAGCUCAGGGAGAGCGAUGUCAUUGAUGUGAUGGAGAAAUGUGAUGAUGGAUGGUUUGUGGGAACUUCAAGAAGAACCAAAUUCUUUGGUACUUUCCCCGGAAACUAUGUCAAGAGGCUGUGAAUUCUUUUCUCUACUUAUUUAUGCUGUAUUUCAGCAAUACAUUCACAUAAAAUUCCUUGGAAAACAUGCUCCCCAGGACUUCUGUUUCCAUGCUUCACAAACAGAAGGCUUUAAGCAUCAUCAUCACCAUCUUCAUCCUUGCAGUGCAGUGUUACAGCUGCCAUGACCCCUUUGGGAGAAGAGGCUGGAGGGUUUUGCUGUAACUGUACUUAGUCCUGUUACCUGUUUUAAACGUUUACAAUUUGAAACACAAAAACAACCUGGAGUUGUAUUAUACAUAGAAACAAAAUGGAUGAAAUCUGGAGUCCAAAUGAGAAGCAUCUCAUAGAAAAGAUUUUCUGGUCCCCUAAUCAAAGACUCUAGCAGAUCACCUCCCCUGAGGCAGCAGGAAGAUAGUGUUUCCUUAGGACAUGCUAAUAUUUGCAUUUCCACCUCUUUAGUUUGGCAGGAUACAUUAUUUUCACUUUGCUGCAUCACGAGUUUGCCUCUUGUUCUAGUUGACGAUAUAUUUUUAACUUUAAUUCAGUGAUUGUUUGCCUUCGUUUACUGGUUAUAACACGCACAGUGAUUGUAAAAUCUUCAGCAAGAGUAGGAAUCUUCACUUGGACAAGCAUGAUUUUAUUAUCACAUCUGAAUUUUCUAAUAGGACUGUUUUCCUUAAGGGUUGGAGAAGUUGGCUUUUUAUUGGUUUGGGUUUUCUUUUUUUAACUUUUUAAAAGUGUAAAUGAUAAGAAAAUUUACAACUUUAAGUAAUUACUAUGAAAAAGAAGAGGUAAAAGAUGGACAGCAAAAAAAAGUGUUGUGUUCUAAAGUUGCAUUGCUAUUUUAUAUUAAAAAUGUUAUAAUCAGCAACAUGAACUAUGAGAUAAUAGUUUUAUUUAUCAGAUUAAUUUUAAAUAAAAGCAGUGUUAGUGCAAAGAUUCAUUUGAACGUAGACCCUUGAACAAGAUACUCACAGAAAGUAUCUUCAAGAGCUAUGUACUGGUUUUAUUUUUAUUAUAUUGCAUAUAUGUGUGCACAUAUACAUGCAUGAUUGUAUAUGAACAUACAAUACAUAUGCAUAUGUUGCACAUUUAUGGAAAUGUUAGACUCCCAAGGCACGCAUUAUUUUAUAAAAAUAAAUAUAUAUAUAUAGCACUUCAGAAACAUCAGAAGUAUUAAUCCAGGUUUUUGCUUUGCUUUUUUGUUUUCCUUUAAUGAACAAAGAAAUUAUUUGAAUGCACCACUUAUCUUAUUUCUGUAAGAGUUCAAGUCCAAAUAGUGUCUGUAUUAGAAGACAGGAGUAUAUUAAGCCUGUGUCUCCCAGUGUGUGUAUUUAUAUAAAAUCUUUCCUAAUCAUAAAUUGGGCACCUUGGGAGACCCAAAUCUUGGAAUUUAUCAGGAUGGGGUCCUGGAAAAAACACUGACCUUGGGGGCAGACAUAGGUUUAAGUCUUGGCUCCAUGAAUGGUUUGUUCUAGAUCAUAUAAAUUCGAAAUCCAAAAUAUGAUGAGCUUAAGACCAUACUAAAUAGUGAUUAACUGGUAAUCUGAACCCACAAGAAUGAAUAGCAGUGAGUUAUGCCUCUGUUACAGUCACUCAGAGACCUGGCUUAAGAAUUCUUAUGACUUUAUACAAGAACUGUUCAUAUUUGGAUUCUUCAGCACCUUAUAAAUGACAGACUUUAAAUGGCUUUUCACCUGUGGUCAGUGGUUGAUUUUUUUUCCCCACAAUGGACAUAGCCUCUCAAAUAUUGUACAUAUAUUUGCCUCUCUUUUGUACAGAACCAUUUAGCUGAGUAACAAAUGGGAAAAAAUUCCUUUUCAGUCCUCACCCCAUACUUAUAGUAACUGAAGAAAAAUUUUUCAACAGGUUUUCCUGACUCACAAAUCAUGAUGCUUACUUUGAGAGUGCAAUUCUUUGGCUUUUAUGCAAAAUUUUAUAAAUUUUUAAAAAUGGUCUUAGCAGCCAAAUUGAAAUGUAUGUAUAUAUCUUUAUUACAGAGAAAUGUCAUUAGUUUGAAGAUAAAGAAACACCUUUGCGCAGCCUACCCUUCUUAAUGCUGCAGUCAUGACAAGAUUUCUAUUGCAAAGGCUUUGGGGCUCACAGCUAGGUCAGCCGCAUGCAGCUUUGCCGAGGAUGAUUAGUAAACUACCUUUGAUGCCAUUUAUGAUUUAAAAAAAUACUUCAAUAUCUGUUGCCUGUAAUAUUUAAGAAAAAUGCUGUUUCUACUCUAUCUGAUUUUAAAAAGAAGGGGGGAAAUAAUUUUUUUUCACACCUGGCUUUCAGGUAAUUGAAUUCUUACAAGCAAAGGUCUGUGUUUUUUUUCUUGAAUAGACUUCUAAUAAAUUUUGCUUGGAGUACACUUAGCUUUUCUUCCUGGUAUUUAAUGACAUGUUAUCUUGAAGAAGAAUUGUGUAUUUGUAUCCUAUUUGAUCACAUAAACUAAAUGAAAAUGUGUUU